AUGCUUGGCAACUCGUUAGCAAGCUUCAUAUACCCAUUUGCUAUUUCGUUCUUACUUCCCAUGUUUGUGAUUGAUCUCGUACAAGAAAAAGAGUCCAAGGUGUUGAUCAUGAUGCGAAUGAAUGGCUUGAGUUCUACUGCGUACUAUAUCAGCCAAUACCUCACGUUCAUCACGCUGUAUCUCAUCUCUGCCGUAAUCUUUUACAUUUGCGGUACCGCAUACAGUCUUUCACUGUUUGUAAAUACGGCACCUGCGGUAUUGAUUCUUGUGCUGUUUCUUUGGGGCAAUGCGCAAGUGUCGAUUGCCUUUUUUUUGUCGGCUCUUUUCAAGCGUAGUCGACUGGCACUUGUGUCGGUAUUUUUGUUGGUCAUUUGCAGUGUGAUGAUUGCAGUGACGUUUGAUACUAUGAUUGGCAACAACACCAUUUCACCCUACUUUUUUCUGUGGCCGCCAUUUGCAUUCUAUCGUGCUUUGGGUGUUUUGAAUCGUGCUUCGUUCCAAGAAGGUAUGACUCCAUACACCAUGAGCAUGCUUCAGUCUGGCGAUCAAGUGUAUAUUGCCACUAUUGUUCUUGCUGCCUCGACUCCGAUUUUUCUCAUUCUAGCUACAUAUCUGAUUUCAGUUCUGCCGUCCGAGUUUGGUGUUAGCCGGCCGUGGCAUUUCCCCCUAACUAGUCUUUUUACCAAUUCCAACAAAAAAAUCGAUCUAGAAGCCCAGCUUGCCAUUUCCAAGGCACUGAAUGCAAAUGAAAUCCAACACGAGGAUCAAGAUGUUGUGAAUGAGCGAAGUCGUGUAGACAGCGAUCAGUUUGAUCCAAACUCACCAUUGGUGAUUCGUCACAUACGUAAAGUCUAUGCUAGCCGAAGCGGUGCGGGUCCAAAGAUUGCCGUCAAGGAUGUUACAUUUGCUGUUGAGGAAGGUGUUGUUUUUGGGUUACUUGGACCAAACGGUGCUGGUAAAACCACUUUGAUCAGCAUAUUGACUGGGCUGUAUGAAGCCACGAGUGGAUCUGCCUUGCUUGGCGGAUUUGACGUUCAAACUCAAACCAGUGAGGUGUACAAAAGUAUUGGUUUUUGUCCUCAGUUUAAUAUUUUGUGGGAAUACCUUACUGUGCAAGAACAUUUAUACUUUUAUGCUCGUCUCAAGGGGAUUUUCAAGGAGGAUGAAGAUUUGGCUGUUCAUCAAGCCAUUGUAAGUGUUGCACUUGAAGAACAAUGGGAUCGUGAAGUUCGUGAGCUGUCUGGAGGUCAGCAACGCCGUGUAAGCAUUGCUAUUGCGCUGCUAGGAAACCCCAAAGUUGUUUUCCUGGAUGAGCCCACAACUGGACUUGAUCCAGAAGUGCGACGACAGAUUUGGAGUAUUAUUGAGCAAGCUAAACGUGACAAAACCAUUGUUCUUACUACUCACUCGAUGGAAGAAGCCGAGGCUUUAUGUCAGCGUAUUGGUAUGAUGGCAAAAGGCACUGUCAGAUGUUUGGCUAACCCUACUCGGCUUAAGCAAGUCUAUGGAUCUGGAUAUCGUGUUCAUCUGAAUGCACUUCAACACGAUAUUGAUCGCGCAUGUGCAUUUGUCGAGUCUGUCCUUCCAAAUGGAUGGGUCAAAAUUGACUCAUUUGCUACGAAUGCAUUGUACGAAUUUCCUGCUGCUUCAGGCACACUGACACAGCUGUUUCAGGCUGUUGAAGCUGGCAAAGCUCGACAUGGUAUUCUUGAUUGGGGUGUGGGGCAAACUACUCUUGAAGAAGUAUUUGUUCGUUUGAUUAGCGAAAAUGAUGCUGAUGCCGACUAG